GGACUUUUCGCCCAUUCAAUAGUGCUUUGGAAAUUGAACACGUCUUGUAUGCACUACCGUUACCCGUCUCUUCUGCUUUCCAACUAUCCGUGGUAGUCAUCUAGGUAGUCGGUGAACAUUCGCUCGGAAGAUGGAAGGCUUAGUGUCCUGGCACUCGACAGACACCCGCGAGCUAGCCUUCACUAUUCAUCGUCUCAACUCUUCCAGUGUACCUGAAAGGCAGAUGGAUUCCAAAAGGCGGGCAGAGGCGUAUCCAAAGGACGACGGAAAAGGGGCAACUCAGCUUACAGGAAUCGACAAGAAGAACGAAAAGAAGAACGAAAAGAAGAACGAAAAAGAUCAAAAUUCAGAAGAGAAAGUCUCAGCUCCAGUCAGCAGGGUCCAAAUACUUCGUUUACGGACCAAAACUCAUGAAAAACUAGCCGAUGAGUUGUUUGAUGGGAUUGACGGCAGCCAGCCUAGCACUGCGCUAGACAUUUACGAGAAAUACUACACUAAAGACCCCAAGGUUCUCUCAUCCCAGGGCUUUGGGGGUUUGAAUCUUCUUGAUCAGAUCUUGAAUCGUCUAGCCGAGGAGGCCAAAGACAACCCCACCUUGGUUCAAGAGCCGCCGAGCCGAGUUCGUGAAUUUGUGCAGUGUCUAGUGAUGAAGCACCCUCAGCUUAUCUGUCAAUCGGCUGACGAAGGGAAUCAAGCGAGAUUAUUCGAGAAGACGCUCAAGAAGUGCAAAACCCUGGCUUUUGACAUUAUCAGCCUGGUUGUUUCUGAUGAAGACCUACGAGCGCUCCAAGACACAUGUCCAAACCAUGGUAGCGGAAUUUCCACUUCUCCUCAGACUUGUGCACUUUCUCAGAUUUAUUUUCCGAGACUCCUUCUGACGGAGCUUCACGAGCAAAAAUUGGUAGGCCAAUGCCUGCAUGAGCUUGUCGAGAAGGAAAAUUUUAUCUCACGGGCCCGCGAAUACCGAGCCCAGCUGUCAAAAGCCGUCGAGAUUCCUGAAAAGCACAAAGAUAGCUAUGAGACUUGGCUUCAUAUUGCUCUCGAAGACCAGACGGCUUUUAUGGAAACAAGAACCAAGGAGGAGAUGGAGGGCUUCCACAAGAGCUUUUUGAGCCUAAUUAGACUAUGCCCAGACAUGAGUACAAAGAGAAACUUACUUUGUUUCUUUGACAGCGACGGUCGCACGCCGCUUCACCGGGCAAUUGAACUUUUUAAGCAUCUUGACAUUGACUAUGUACGCUUGUCACAGGUCAUAGAGAUGCUCGUCCUCCGUUGCCCGGAUUCAAUCUACAUCAAAGAGCGUUCCAAGGAUGCCAGGCAAACGGCCCCUCCCAAGACCCCUUAUCGUCUUCUUAAAGAUAUUCUUAACACUGGCAACAAUGAGAAACGGAAGAGAGCAAUGGAAAGCGUCGAUUGCCUUUUUAAACACGUUUGUAUUCGCAGCAGUCUCACCAAAACCGAGAAGCAGAAGUAUCUCCACGAAAAGCUGGCUGAUGCACCGGAGAUUCACCUCGAUCUUGCCAAGGUGAUUGGAUCAGGCAAGAAGUACAUGGAUGAAAGAGCACAAAAGGUCAAGGUGCAAUUAGACAGUGCACUCGAGUAUGUGAGCCUUCCGCAAUACCACGCGCAAGAAUCGAAGGUUGACACCGAGAGCGAUACGACCUCCAAUAAUCCGACCAUAGAUCACGAGAAGAAGAAGGAAGAGGAACGCAACCCGCAUGUGGCUAUAUUUCAAUGGCUGGGGGAGAAGAAGGUCAAGAAGAUUUUCAGAGUCUCGGUCGAAGACCGUGAGCAGGGCAAAGUGCCACAUACAGAUGAGGCUAUUUACACCAUGUUGAAGCCGUUUGACAUCGAAAUAUGGGACUGGAGAAAGUAUGACAUCAGCAGCGAGACAAUUCUCAAGGGCGCGGUGAAUACCAGAGAGCUUUACCUAUACUGGAGUGGGAACAUAGCUGUAAUGCAAAGUUGGGCCUGUAAGAGGGGUUUGGCCCAGCUCGAGAAGUCAAUGGAAACUGAAACGGUCUGUCAAGAAGCAUUCCAAGAUUUUCAAGAGAAGUUUUGGAAGCGGCGGCAAAAAGAUAUCAGAAAAGAAAAGAUCAAACUACGAGUACCAAAAGAAUCAGCUCAGCACUUGUCGGCCUCACAAGACUUGGGCAUAAAGGGCUCGGCCAGUGAUCCUAUUGCCUCUGAACCGGUUUGGAUUCGCAAGAUGCAAGAGAUGAUUGACUUGCUUCUCACCUUCAAAAAAGUGCCCAUUGAGGAAGUAGUAAAAAUUGCGCUUAUCGACAAAGGGGUGGAUAGAGAAAACUCCGAAGUACGUGCCAUCGAGCGGGGCCAAUCCUUUUGCCGUGGGAAACGGGCUAUUCCACACGCGCAAACAUGGGAUGCCGAGUUCCAGGAGUGGGAUGCCCGCCCACCAGUUCACGGAACCCAAAUGGCCAUUUGCAUACAGAAAGUAUGCCCCAUGGCAAGGCUGUAUGUCGCAAGAAUGGACGACUCGGACACGCAAGAGUUCACUCUCGAAUCUGCAAUCAAAGCUAUAAAUUGGGCCAAGGAGAUGGGCGUUGACAUUAUAUCAAUGAGCUGGUCGUUCAAGGCUAAAGGCGGAGAUUGCAGUACCGAAGAGAUCGCAACGUUCAAGGAAACUAUCUCGAAAGCAAAAGCCCAUGGUAUUCUCUUGUUUGCCUCCCUUAACGAUGAGGAAGGUGUCAACAUUGAUGACUACUAUCCCUGUGGCCUCUCUGAUGUGUUUAAAAUCGGUUCUGCAACUAAGUGGGGAGACAAAGCUCAGCACAGCCGAACAGGAUCUAAUUUCAUACUGCCUGGCAAGGACAUCUCGCUGCCCGAUGUUGAUAAUCGGAUCAAAGACGUGAGCGGUAGUUCUAUUGCAACUGCAUUUGCUGCCGGCCUGGCUGGUCUUGUCCUUUUUGCACUUAGCGCACAUAUGCAUAUCAAGGACGAGGUAGAAGAGUCAUUGAAGAAAGAUCGACUCAAUCAUGCCAAAUCAAAGGAAGGCAUGAAUACAAUCUUUAACAUUUUAAGUGGCAAUAGGCAGGGCUCAAAAACAAACGAUAUAUGGGUAAGCUUAGAUGAAAAGUUCCCGGAAAAAACAGACAAGGGUGAGCCUAGCUUGGAUAUUAAGGAUUUUAUAAAGAGUAUUGUACCAAGAUAAAAGCCUAUAGUUCAAUACUAUUCUUCUUCUUUUUCCUAAAAGAAAAAGGUAAUACCU